AUGGCAGUCUCAAACGAUUUGCCAGCUACUGAAGCAGUGAAUUCAGAAUCGAUUGUGCAUGAAAAGAGUGCAAAUGGCUCUAGCAAUACACCCAAGAAACUGCAUGGCCGCGCCUUUUAUGAAAGCAUUGAUAGUCCUAAAUUCAUUCUCGCGCCCAUGGUAGAUCAGUCUGAAUUCGCCUGGCGCAUGCUGUCUCGCUCCUUCAUGUCCCCAGAAUCAAACAAAUCCCUCUUGGCAUACACACCCAUGCUUCAUGCGCGCAUGUUCUCUGAAACUCCCAAGUUCCGCGAUGCACAUUUCCAGCCGAUGAAAAGCUCGCUUGUUUCUCAGCUAGAUUCGUCUUGUCCUAUUCCAAAGGAGGAUAUAUUUCUUGAUGGGAAUCCAGCUUUCGAUCGACCUCUUUUCGUACAAUUUUGCGCGAAUGAUGAGAAGGAAUUACUCGAGGGAGCUAAAUAUGUGGCGCCUUUUUGCGAUGCUGUAGAUUUGAAUUUGGGAUGUCCUCAGGGUAUCGCGAGGAGAGGAAAGUAUGGGGCCUUCUUGCAGGAGGACCAAGGGCUCAUUUAUAAGUUGAUUAAUACGCUACAUAAAGAAUUGGAUGUACCUGUUACGGCAAAGAUUAGGAUAUUGGAAACGAGGGAGAAGACGUUGGAAUAUGCAAAGAUGGUGGUGAGUGCUGGAGCAAGCAUCUUGACGGUGCAUGGAAGGACGAGGGAGAUGAAGGGUCAUAAAACGGGUUUGGCGGAUUGGGCGGUAUUGAGAUUUUUGAGGGAGAGUUUACCGAAAGAAGUGGUUCUUUUUGCGAAUGGAAAUAUUCUGUCAAGGGAGGAUAUUGAUGAGUGUCUGAAAGUGACAGGUGCGGAUGGGGUAAUGAGUGCUGAAGGAAAUUUAUAUGAUCCGACGAUCUUUUCGGAUGCGCCGACUCUGAGGGAGGAAGGGAGAGAGUAUUGGAGGAGUUUGGAUGGGAAAUUGGGAGGUUGGAGAAUGGAUGCUGUGUUGAGGAGAUACAUGGAUAUCAUUUAUAAAUAUGUUUUGCAGGUAUCGCCGCCUGAGAGAAAACCUCUCUUCAUAUCCUCGGAUCCGGAAGAAAAGCUUGAAGAGGUAGAGGAAGAGGAAGAGGGACCACCAAAAAAGAAACAAAAGGGAGAAAAGAAGGAGAGGACCACGAGUCCAAGUCUGGUCGCUAUGCAACCGCAUUGCUUCAAACUUCUUAGACCGCUGGUUUCAAAACAUCAUGAUAUUAGAGAUGCAUUAGCAAAGUGUAGAGCAGGGGAUGUACAAGCUUUUGAAAACGUCCUACAAAUGACGGAAAAGGUUGUCAAAGAGGGAAUAAUAGAAUACGAGAGAACAAAUGGCGAAAGUUAUAGAGAAGAAGUCGAGAAAGCGGAAAAAGAAAGGGAGGAGAAAAUGAAGGGUGGUGGGAAGGGUGCUAAUGGGAGAGGAGGACAAGAUGGAGAUGGUGAGGGCAAAGGUAGUGAGAAAAUUAAAUUCGAGGAGAGCUCUCUCGAUAUGGUUAGGAGGUGUAAGAGGCCUUGGUGGGUGGUGCAGCCUUAUGUUAGACCAUUACCUAUGGAAGCAUUGGCGAAGGGAAGUUUGACGUUGAGUAGGAAAGAGAGGGGUGGGAAGGGGAAAGGAGAUGCGGGGAAGGAAGUCAAUGGUGCUGAGGAGGAAGGGAAGGUCGAGAUGCAGAUUGUGGGUAAGGAAGAGGGGAGUAUGAUAGAGAAGGAAAUAGUGGAGGUUCCAAAGGAUGGAUUGGUUUGUGGAUGA